AUGGGCCCUCUCACUGAAGAACAGGUGGCCUCUUACCACAAGAAUGGUUAUCUUCUCUUGCGUGUCAAUGAACAUCAGCUUGUCGAUCCGAUCGCCUUGAAGCAGUGGACCGAGGACAUUAGAGCCUGGCCUCGCGUCAGAGGCAAGUGGAUGCCAUACGAUGAGAUCAACAUUAAAGGCGAGCGCCAGCUCAUGCGUACCGAGCGCUUCAUUGACUUUCACCCACAAUACAAGGAGCUCGUCUGCGGUGAGAAGCUCGGCGAGAUUCUCAAGGCCGUCUCCGGCGAAGAUAUGCUCCUCUUCAAAGACAAGAUCAACUACAAGCAGCCUUUCGGCAAUGGCUUCCAAGCACAUCUCGAUGCACCAGCCUACGACCAUAUCGGGCGCAUCGAGCAUGUGACAGCCAAUGUUGCCAUUGAUGCCGCCACCAUUGCUAAUGGGUGUUUGGAGGUGGUCCCUGGAUCACACAAGAUGGAUGUGGAGUUUGAAAGCCAUGGUCGGAUCAAGCAGUCGUGGGAAGAUGCCCAUGAGUGGAUCACCAUCCCGUUGGAUCCUGGUGACAUGCUGGUCUUUGGGUCGCACCUUGCGCAUCGCUCGGCGGAGAAUAAGACAAAUGAGAGUCGCUCUAGUCUUUAUGCUACCUUCCAUUCGAAGAGUGAUGGUCUAGAUUUGCGAGAGAGGUACUAUAAGCAUCGGAUGGAGAAUUUCCCUCCAGAGCAUGAGCGCGUGGAAGGCAAAGAUUAUUCGGCUGGUUAUCGCACCUAUGGGUUUGCUGCACCGUUUACUCGUGCGGACCAGAAUGCUGCUGCCCCCGUUGUGUCUCAGCAGUCGUAA